UCCCGGACCAGGUUUCCAGGUGGAGUAGCAGUUAAGAACUACUGGGUCCAAAGGGGUGGUCACCUUAGGCCCUGACCGAGCCCUGGAGGUCAGGCCAUUUGGCGGGUCCUAGCUAAGCAGAAUAAACAUCUGCCGGAAGCUUUCUUCCAUCUCCAGGAAUGGGUGAAUUAUGACCCUCCUGUAUACUCAAGGUAUCUAGAUAGGGUUCAUAUUAUCUUUGCAAUCACCUGCACUGGACAGGAAUCUUCUUAAGAUCUUGAUGAAAACAAUAAAGCAGACAUAAUUCAUCCCUAGAAAGAUUAUAUCAUAGCAUUUGAAAUGCUUUUUACUUAGAAUAGUAGUUAAAAUGGAAAAAACAAAAAUAAAUGAUGAAGGAAAACCAGACCCAGAGAAUUCUUUGGACUUUUCUGAACACUUUAAUCAACUUGAAUUGUUGGAAACACAUGGACACCUUAUUCCCACUGGUACCCAAAGUCUCUGGGUAGGCAAUUCUGAUGAAGAUGAAGAGCAAGAUGAAAAAAAUGAAGAGUGGUAUCAAUUACAAGAAAAAAAAAUGGAGAAAGAUCCAAGCAAAUUGCUGCUUUGGGCUGCUGAAAAAAAUCGGCUUACUACAGUGCAGAGACUACUUUCUGAGAAAGCCACUCAAGUAAACACUAGAGAUGAGGAUGAGUAUACCCCUCUUCAUCGAGCAGCCUACAGUGGACAUUUAGAUAUUGUCCGUGAACUGGUUGCGCAAGGGGCAGAUGUGCAUGCAGUAACUGUGGAUGGCUGGACACCUCUGCAUAGUGCUUGUAAGUGGAACAAUACCAGAGUGGCUUCUUUCUUACUUCAGCACGAUGCAGAUGUCAAUGCUCAAACAAAAGGCCUUCUGACUCCCUUGCAUCUUGCUGCUGGAAACAGAGACAGCAAAGAGACCCUAGAACUCCUCCUAAUGAACCGUUAUAUCAAACCAGAUUUGAAGAACAACUUAGAAGAAACUGCAUUUGAUAUUGCCAGGAGGACAAGUAUCUAUCACUACCUCUUUGAAAUUGUGGAAGGCUGUACAAAUUCUUCACCUCAGUCUUAAUAGUUCUAGUAAUUUUCUUAAGUUUGUGAGUACCAGUGCCUCCUUUGUGUGUGACGUAAAAUAUUCCCAUUAUACAAAGUUGACAUCAAAAGUCUUACUACAAAAAUUCAGUGCUACUCAGUAUAAUCUUCUUCCUAGUGAAUCGCCUGAUCUUGAUGUCAAAAUGUAUUUGAGAGUUGUUUAGAUAUAUCUUUAAUGAUUUC